AUGGUACUCAGGGAGCGCUGGGGUAAGAAUGGGGUAGGUAUUUUAGUAGACAGGGACCUCAGGGAGCUCGUGGUUGAGGUUAGGAGGGUAAAUAAUAGGUUGAUGAGUAUUAAGUUGGUAGUUGGUGGGUUUACUGUAAAUGUGAUUAGUGCUUACGCUCCUCAGGUAGGUUUGGACCAGGAGGUCAAGAAGCAAUUCUGGGAGGAUUUGGAGGAGAUGGUGUGUAGUAUCCCGCACACAGAGAAGUUGUUCAUUGGCGGAGAUUUCAAUUGUCAUAUUUGGGCUAUUGCUANCUUACGCUCCGUCAGGGGUUAUGAUGAUGUGCAUGGCGGGUACGGUUUUGGGGUUAGGAAUGAGGGAGGUAAUUCACUAUUGGAUUUUGCUAGAGCUUUUGAUUUGGUUAUAGCUAACUCGAGUUUUCCGAAGAGGGAAGAGCACCUGGUCAUCCCAAGUGAGCACCUCACGACUCUACAUAGGCUCCUAGUUAUGGACCUGGAGAACAAGAGGAGUAGGAGGAAGAGGGCAGGGUGCGGGCAACCUAAGAUCAAGUGGGGUAACUUGACCAAGGACAAAGCUCAGGAGUUAAGGGAGAAGUUGUUGGCUAUGAGGGCCUGGAUGAGUAGGGGGACACGUCUAGUAUGUGGUUCACGACUGCGGAUUGCAUUAGGGUAG